AUGCCGCCCGUCUCCACCAACCCGCCAGACGUGCUCAGGCAGCCAAAGAAGCAGUCAGACUUUGCCGUCAUCCGCGAAGACGAGUACCUUGCACCGUUCGAGCCGGCCAUCAAGGCCAGGACCGCCAAGUUCAACAGCUGGGUCGAGACGCUCAACGCCCACGAAGGCGGCCUCGAGCGCUUCUCCAAGGGCUACGAGUCGUACGGCCUCCAUGCCCUCCCGAACGGCGAUGUCAAGUACCGCGAGUGGGCGCCCAACGCCACGAGCGCCUGCCUCAUCGGCGACUUCAAUGGAUGGGACCGCGCUGCGAACCCGAUGACCAAGAACGACUUUGGCGUGUGGGAUUGUGUCGUCAAGAGCAAGGGCGGCCAGGCUGCCAUCCCGCACAACUCCAAGGUCAAGAUCUCAAUGACCACUCCUUCAGGCGAGCGCAUCGAGCGCCUCCCCGCCUGGGCGACCCGGGUCGUACAAGACCUCACCGUCUCGCCCAUCUACGACGCAGUCUUCUGGAACCCGCCGAAGAACGAGCGGUACACGUUCAAGAACUCGAGGCCGAAACAGGCGCCGCGUGCUCCCAAGGUCUACGAGGCGCAUGUCGGCAUCUCCACCCCGGAACCCAAGAUCGGCUCGUACAAGGAGUUCACGCGCGACGUCCUGCCGCGCAUCAAGGAUCUCGGAUACAACACGAUCCAGCUUAUGGCCAUCAUGGAGCACGCGUACUACGCUUCGUUCGGCUACCAGAUCACGAGCUUCUUCGCCAUCAGCAGUCGCUACGGCACCCCCGAAGAGCUCAAAGAGCUGAUCGACACCGCCCACGGACUCGGCCUUACCGUCCUCCUCGACGUCGUUCACUCGCACGCGUCGAACAACUCCGCCGACGGCUUGAACCACUUCGAUGGAAGUGACCACCAAUACUUCCAUGGUGGAGGAAAGGGAAGGCACGAGCUGUGGGAUUCUCGCCUCUUCAACUACGGCCACCACGAAGUCCUUCGUUUCCUCCUCUCGAACCUGCGCUUCUACAUGGAGGAAUACCAGUUCGACGGCUUCCGCUUCGACGGCGUCACGAGCAUGCUCUAUGUUCACCACGGUAUCGGCACCGGCUUCUCGGGCGGCUACCACGAGUACUUUGGGGACAAGGUCGACGAGGAGGCGGUCGUUUAUCUUAUGCUCGCCAACACGAUGCUCCACGACCUGUACCCGACCUGCCUCACGAUUGCCGAAGACGUCUCCGGCAUGCCCGCCCUCUGCCGCACUGUCGCCGAGGGCGGCAUCGGGUUCGACUACCGCCUCGCGAUGGCCGUGCCGGACAUGUGGAUCAAGUUGCUCAAGGAAGCGCCAUCGGACGAGUCGUGGGACAUGGGCAACAUCGCGUUCACGCUGACGAACCGGAGGUGGAAGGAAAAGAGUAUCGCCUACGCCGAGAGUCACGACCAGGCGCUUGUCGGUGACAAGACGCUUGCGUUCUGGUUGAUGGACAAGGAGAUGUACACCAAUAUGAGUGACUUGACCGAGCGGACGCCCGUCAUUGACCGCGGUCUCGCACUGCACAAGAUGAUCCGUCUCAUUACGCACGCGCUGGGCGGCGAGGGCUACCUCAACUUUGAGGGCAACGAAUUCGGCCACCCCGAGUGGCUCGACUUCCCCCGCGAGGGUAACGGCGACUCGUACCAGUACGCGCGGCGCCAGUUCAACCUCAUCGACGACCACCUCCUCCGGUACAAGUACCUCUACGCGUUCGACCGCGCAUUCAACCGCCUCGAGGACCAGUACCAGUGGUUGAGCUCGCCGCCGGCUUACGUUUCGCUCAAGAACGAGUCUGACAAGGUCAUCGUCUUUGAGCGCGGCAACCUGCUCUGGAUCUUCAACUUCCACCCGACCAACUCGUUCACCGACUACCGCGUCGGCACCGACUGGGCGGGCGAGUACCAGGUCGUCCUCUCGAGCGACGACGCCGAGUUUGGCGGACACAACAGGGUCGACAAGAGCGUCAAGCACUUUACGACGCCGAUGGAGUGGAACGGGCGCAAGAACUGGUUGCAGGUCUACCUCCCGAACCGCACCGUCCAGGUCCUCGCCCACUAG